GUGAGAGAGGAGGUAUAUAAGAUCCACAGGUCGUGAGUGGCGGCUACUGCAGUUGGCAGAUUCAUCCGAGCUUGUUGAGAUCCCACCCUAGCACCUCAAGACCACCUUGAGAAAUGGCUCUUGCGUCGCUCUGUGCUGCUGCUGACAUUGAUGCAGCCCUGAAGGCAUGCUCAGCCGCCGACUCCUUCUGUCACAAGGACUUCUUCGCCAAGGUUGGUCUUUCCGGCAAGUCGGCAGCCGAUCACAAGAAGGCCUUUGAAAUCAUUGACCAGGACAAGAGCGGCUUCAUUGAGGAGGAGGAAUUGAAACUUUUCCUGCAGAACUUCAAGGCUGGUGCUAGGGCCUUGACCGAUGCUGAGACCAAGAAAUUCCUGAAGGCAGGCGACAGUGAUGGUGAUGGCAAGAUCGGAGUUGAUGAGUUCUCUGCCAUGAUGAAGCAUUAAAUGUCGAUCAAUCCUCAACUUGCGUCUUGCUUUAAAGGAACAAAACUGCCCACGACCUCCUUUUUCAUCACACAUCUCAGAAAACUGAUUUUUAUACAGUUACAUGUGCUUUAGACAUGCCUGCAGAAUUGUCCUUUUUUCCCAUGUUGCACUCUGUCCAAACUGAUGACUGUAAAUGUAAUGUGGUUGUGUCUCGUGUCCCGAGUAUAAGGUUUUGGUACUUGGAAAAAUCUCUGCACUUUUCGGGAAUUAAUGGACAAUGAGAGAAGAAUAAAGUUUCGUUUUCUUUA